AUGAGCUCAUUCCAACUUCUUAUCCAACAGCUUGAAUAUAGUCCUGAUGCAAUCACCAGUAACUCACUCAGUUCUCUUUUCCGUUUCAUCACAAUUGGAACCACACUUAAGAACGACAUUAUCCUUGCAGAACCAUCCUCAGCACCAAUCAAUGACCCUCCAAGUGUUCUCCCACCUGCAAUCGCUAGGUUCCUUGGUGCAGGGUGUGCUAUAUCCCCUGCUCAAGUGAGUGAUGCAUGGACCCUGCUCAAGGACAUCAUCUGGACUGUACUGCAUCGAUAUUUGCCCCUUCUAUUACUCAUUCCUAAUGAACCUGUACCUGAAGCCGAGCAUCUCCUCUACCCCCCAAGCAGCUACUGCCUUCAACCAAAUUGCUCGUGUCGUGCCAAAGGGAUGAUGCUUAACAAGGCGAAGCAGCACUAUGUCAUCCUCUUUACUCUUGCUAGUGGCCCCUGCACUGCGAAAUCAGUUUAUCUUUACUGUGAAUCAUGUAAGAUCGAUUAUCACUACAAUUACAGUGUAUCUGAAGGGGAGCGAACGUACUAUGAGAACCAACCUGCUAACAUACAAGUUGCUGAACAUGUCUACAUGGCAAAGGAGGUCAUCGAGCUCUUUAAGACUGCGAUGGACCUUGCAUGGACAUCAGCUACCAACUGCGCACGGCUCUAUAAUAUUUGUCUUUCGCAUGGCAAGCAAGCACCAGCAUCAUAUGGAGUGAAGUUCGAAGUCUAUGUAGACCAUGUAUGGGACGGCUAUGUCAUCUCUUCGCUCCUUGAAGACUGCAAAAAUCGAAAAAGCUCUUUGACCAUCCCUCACACUGGUGAACAACGUGAUCGCUUCACUGCUGCAAUGAUCGCGAAGAAAUCGUCGCACACAGCUCUAUGGCUAUGA